GGUCCGCCUCCGCACGCCGUCCGCGCGCCGCUCUCGCCAACGGCCGUUUAGGGUUUGGGGCCACGACCGCCGACCGCCCCUCCGUCCCAGAUCCGACAGCGUCCCUCCGCCACCGCCUCACUGCGGCUCUCCUCCAGGCCGCCGCCGGACAGAGGCCUUCCUUUACGGAGCCUCGACAUUCUCCAGCCGGACCACCGCCAGGCCGCUGCCCGAACGCGCCGGACUCCUCUAGGCCGUGAAGGAAUCAGAAAUCGGUCAGCUUGCCAAACGAUUUCCCAGAUAGAAUCACUUCCACCAGUGAGGAAUCGGGAGCUGAAGCCCGAAAAACAGGUUCCGGAGAACCGACAGCGCCACGCCUCAAGCUGCUGAACUGCCAGCUUCCCACCUGAGCCGGUAGAGAGCGGGAGAGAAGGGGGAAUAUGUCUUCUUGGGACGAAGACGAGGCUGCAGCGUCCGCGGCCGAGGCAGCGACCACGGAUGUUGAGCUGCUCAAGCGGGCGUGGCGUAACGAGAAGGCUGCGCCAGAAAUCCUCCGCUUCGACUCACCCCUUGUCUCCCGCGUCCGCGAGCAGAUCCAGCUCCUUGAGGAGACACUGGAUGACUUUGCGGACAGCGGUGUCGAUGACCUGGUGGCCUCUCUCUACCAGAUGGACCUCGAUCGCACACUCUUCCUUCUGCGCUCCUACCUCCGCCUCCGCCUGCAGAAGAUUGAGAAGUACACGAUGCACAUCUCCAGGUCUGCUGACCUCCUCAGCCGUCUGUCACCGCAGGAGCGCCGUUUUGCCAAGAGUUGUGCGGAGAUCAUGGAAAAGCAUCUGGAGCAGUCUGUGCUGUCAAAACUGCCAUAUGGUUAUGACUCGGUUUCCAGGCAGUCGUUGUCGAGCACUGAAGAUGACAUGGUUCCAGAGCCUCAGCUCAACACCUUUGUCUUCUGCAAGACUAAGAGCGAUGUAGGAGCCUUCCAACUAGAUGACAUUGGAGAGGAGGUUGUGGACUUGGUUGCAGAUGACUUGUAUGUUCUUCGGUACAAGUCCAUCAAGGGCCUUGUCGAGGGAGGCCGUAUUGACCUUAUCUGAUGUGAAUAACAAGUCGGUGCCUGCAAGAGAGUGAGUAUUGGAGAUGUAACAGCUAAGGCUUAGAACAUAUCAUGAACGUUUUGGUCCAAAACAAACGCACCCAAGGUUCUUCUGAAUUUCUGGAAAGGGUGGAAUCAAGGGAUGAAGAGAACUAGAAUUGCUUAGGACCAUCUCAAGUUAACCUGAACUGAUAAAUACCGUUUAUGUGACACUGACAUGUGGUCUAGGGUCCAUCUGUAAGCCUCACAUUUUGAACAUGAUUGAUGCGGAAGUAGUUUGUUAUUGUUCACCUCAGAUUCAAACGGUUAGGUGCUUAACAAAAGGACACUUGGCACAUUACAGUUUGCCUUUUGAGAUCCUACGAAAUCAAGAAAUAGCCAAA